AUGCCGUCGUCCCCGACACCGGGGGAGCUGCGCGCUCGACUGGAGGAUCCUCAGCUCACCUCUGCAGAGCGUCUCAAGUUGCUUAUCGAAUUACGGGAAAACAUUGAGUGGUUUCAAUCUACAGAUUACCAGCAGUUUCUGGACCAAUUAAUCCCGUGCUUUGAGCAGAUUCUCACAACGUUAACGAGACCGCAACUUGAAGAGAAUGCUGAACAGGCUCUGCGACGAACCGUUCUCGAGGUGCUGAGUCGUUUGCCGCACGGGGAGGCGUUGCGGCCGCACGCACGACGACUCCUGCAAAUGUGCCAGUAUGUGCUCGACGUUGAUGAUGCGGAGCCGAACGCGGUUCUGGCGCUGCAGAUCAUGUUUGAGUGCCACAAAGCGUACCGUCCGCAACUUGCAGCGGCGAUACCACCCUUUUUGGACUUUGUUUUGCGCAUUUACGGCGUUUUUGAGUGGCGUGAAUCAGAUGAUGAUUCCCUGGUUGCUGAAGACACCGGACAACAGGAUACAUACCUUGAGCCGGGUUUGGAACAGGAUGGCAGCGUCGAGGCAGCGUCGCGCAACCGACCGACGAAUGUGCGGUAUGCCCCGGCCUUGCGCUCUUAUCGGACGGUUCGCGAAUGCCCUCCGUUGUUUAUGUAUUUGUCGCAACACUAUCCUGCUCUGAUCGAGCCGCGACUCGAUGAGCUUCUCGCAGUGAUGGUGCGCGCUAUCGAGAUCCAGGUACCGCCGACGUCACCGGCUCGAGCUCUGCCGAUCUACCACGACUUCAUUACAGCGCAGAUGAAAACCGUAUCGUUUAUUUCGUUCUUGCUGCGGCAGUUUGAGUCGCGAAUGCUGCAGUACGCGGAGCGCGUUCCGCGCUCCGUCGUGAAUCUACUACUCAACUGCCCAGACAGUGCGGUCUCGAUUCGGAAGGAGCUGCUUAUUGCCAGUCGGCAUUUGUUAGCAACUGAGUUUCGCAGGGGUUUUUUCCUGCAAACAGACCUCCUUCUGGAUGAGAAAGUCCUCAUUGGAACCAGUCGAGCUGCUUACGAGACGUUGCGACCUCUGGCCUACUCGUUCCUCGCAGAGUUAGUUCAUUUUGUGCGUUUAGAAGUGACGCUACCUCAACUGAGUCGCAUCAUUUAUCUCUUUUCGACGAACGUUCACGAUGCAUCCCUUAGUUUCUCUAUGCAAGCAACAUCCAUUCGUUUGUUGCUCAAUCUCAUUGAGGGUAUCAUGCACCGUCGCGAAGACCUCAACACCCGCGGACGCCAGCUUCUAGAACGUAUUUUCGAAACGAUUGUAACCAAGCUGAUGGAAGUCGCCGAGGUGGUGCCGUCGUUGCUCGUGAGCACCGGCGCCGCCGACGGCAAUGACGCCGAGGAUAAGGCGAAUGGGUCUGCGUCGAGCCAGCGCGCCUCUUCACCCAUACCUGAGCCUUCUGCGAGCACAGAGACAGGUGCGAUGCGCCCAUCUGCAGUCCCGGAUGAAAAGUCUCAAGAGGAGCGUUCCAAAGAGGUGCAGGAGUGCCGCCAACUCGUUAGAACCCUCGUUCUAGGUCUGAAGACCAUUGUAUGGAGCAUGAGCAACGCUUUCGGAGACUCACGCACCCGGGGUCUGACUGAAUGGGAAUGCAUUCUUGUCAGCCGGAUGCUGCCGGCAGCGCGAACCUGUUUCCAGCUCUACAAAUUCGGAGAGCCGGCGGAACAAAAAGAGAUUUUGGACCAAUUCGCUCAGGUGUUCACGGUAAUGACUCCGCGCAACUUUCAAGACAUCAUCGGUGGACGCCUGCCCCAGCUGCUGGCGUUCAUGGUCGAGCACCAGACUGCGCUCUCCAUCCCGCAACAUUUUUUGGCGAAUACGAGCACCUCACGGUUCUUUGCGGAUAUCCUGAUCACUUUUCUGACGGAGCAUUUGGAGCAGGUGGUAAGCGACGAUGCUGCGCGAGCGUCGGUGCUGUUGCGGUUAUUCAAAAUCAUGUUCGCUUCGGUAACCCUAUUCGCCGAUAAUGAGCCGGUGCUGAAGCCUCACCUCGGUACCAUCGUUCGAAGGUGCCUGGAGCUCGCUGCCACUGCAGAGAAUCCUACGAAUGCACUGCAGGUGCUUCGGGCACUCUUCAAGUCUCUUGCAGGGGGUCGCUUUGAGCUGCUUUAUCGCGAAUUCGUACCUAUGCUCUAUUACCUGCUUCAUAGCCUGGAACGACUCAUGCAAGGGCCUCUAGGCGAAUCGCAUGGUCUCCUGCUCAUCGAGCUGUGCCUAACUGCACCGGCUCGCCCAUCCACUAUUUUCCCGUACUUGCGUAUGCACAUGCGACCAUUGGUGCGCGGCCUAGAUUCCGAAUCGGAGCUAACUUCCUUAAGUUUCCGAACGUUUGAAUUUUGGAUCGAUACGCUCCACCCCGAGGUACUUGAGCGAUUGAUGCAGGCGGUGCAACCAGAACUGGAACGAGCGCUCUGGCGAUACUUGUCGCCGACAAGCCCAUUUUCAGCACAAGCAGUGCGCAUUCUAGGCAAGCUGGGUGGUUUGAAUCGCAAGACACCUCGAGAACUGACACCCUUGCCAUGGCAGCAGCCUGUUCAAGCCAUACAUGCCGCGUUGGCCUGGUGUGAUCGCGCCGAGCCGCUCACGGUAGCGCUCGAUGAAGUGAUCAAUGCUGCAGUCGACGCAGUGCUAUUCCAGGCCUCGUACAAAGUCGCCGCAUACACUCUCUUGCAGCAGGUGAUGAUUGCCGCGCUCUCCAGCGCGUUGCCGCCACAGAUCAAAGGGUGCCCUGCGGACCUCUUGCCCGCAAGCGUGUACACGAUGACGAGUGCUUUCCCCCGGUUGCAGGUGUCCAAGACGAUUUACACCAGAAUGCUUACCGCGCUGUUCUUUGCCAGCGGUGAUGACGCUCUGCAGCAGACUCGAAACGCUGUGGAAUUUGCGCGACAACUCUGUGAUUAUUUUUGUCGCAUAUGGAUGGCACCUGUUCUUAUGGAGAAAAGCACGUUGUCGGCACUCGAAGCAGCAGCGCUUAAUGCCCAUCGCACUCCCCCGGAAAACAUCACCGAAUGGACUCGAUUUCCAGCCGCAGUGACCAUCGACUGUUUCCUGGAUGCACUGGUGGAGGCUGCUGUGCUUCAGCAAAAGACCCUCGAUCUGGCUGCUGCAGCGAAGGAUCUUAACCUGUUCGCGCUGAGCCGCUGUGUCGAAUUAUUCAAAGGUGACUUUAGAGGCCCGCAACGCCCUGUGGUACCUGCGAGCGACGCAGCCGAGGUCGCGGCGCCUGACUCGAAACCGCUGACAGCUGCAGCCAAAGGUGCCCGCGCGACGGAGGCACCGAGUGCUGAGACAGCGGCAACCACUGCAGUAGACGCUCCCGAGCACGAAAGCGUAGACCGUCUGCGCGACGACCACCGAGGCGCAGAUACAGCGACUUGCGUGGACGAAGAGAUCGCGCCACCGCUGCAUAGUGUCGCGGGGGCCUCGCGCCUGACCGAGCAACUUGCGCUGCUGGUAGAGCGCAUCUCCCAUUUGGGUUAUCGGGAGCGAUGGCAGGAUCGCCUCAGCUGUGCAAUGCUGCUGGCCGGCAUCAUCGAGCAACUGCCAACGGUGGUAUUCCUGGAUCGCUCUUAUUGUCUUUACGAAGCGCGACUUGUUCGGGUUCUGCUGCAGGUUCUCAAAGGCUGCGCGCAAGAGGGCAUGGCCAGCCGCAAACCUGCCCCACUAGUUCGACAGACAUUGGAGACCCUACUGCGGCGUUGCCACGAGCCCACUAGUCCCGCGUGGGCGCUCGAGGACGUCACGUCGUCGACAAUCCCGGAGACCGAUCGACCCAGCAAGACCAAUGCAUCGACACCUCGUGCGCGCUGUGGAGAUGUGGUCGCCUGCCUUGUCUUUGAUUUGGCCUCAGAGCACCAAGCUGUGCGCGAGACUGUGCACGCGUCGCUGGCACAACUGCUGCGCUACGGCGUUGGCCAGAACAUGGCCGAGGUGCUCGCGCUGGCCCAGACACAGAUCCUGCGGCCGUUACUCUCUCGUCGUGUUCGCACGCUGCACUAUUCCAGUCAGGUUGGGCAUGUGGAUUGUCUGCAUUACUGCCUCGAAAACGGCAUUAUCCGGCCUUUCAUUGAUCAAGAGACGUCGCUGUUGCGCACCUCGUUGGUUGCAGCGAUGGAGAUAUUUGAGGAUCCGAUUAAUACGAGGCUCGGAGAAGCGGAUGCGCUCAUGCUGAACCGCCUGCUCGAAAAUCGUUUCGUCGACCAGGAGACCAUCACGGCUAUUGUGAUGCUGCGGGAGAAGGUGCUGCAAUUUUUGGCGCUUUGUCUGCGGCAGAUCGACCAAUUGGUACACACGCCGAACGAGGAUAUACGCUCGCUGUACGCACGCCUCGUUGCUUGUUUCUUCCGCGGUGUCGAGAGUCGGCAUGAGGCCGUCACCAGGGCGGCGAAGCAUGGACUGCGCGUUUUCACAGAACGUUCGCGUCAACUGCCCCGUGGGAUUCUGUCGAGUAAUCUGCGCCCGAUUCUCCAAAAUCUCUCCGACACGAACAAGCUCUCGCUGCCGUAUGCGCAGACGUUGGCAAAUGUGCUGGAAGUGCUCUCAAACUGGUUCAAUGUGCAACUCGGAGAGCGACUCGUGGAGCAUUUGAUGAACUUGCGCGCUGGAAACCCACGCAAUCCGUCGUUGCUAGCAGCGCGCAUCAUUGACUUGUUCCAUCUAUUGCCACCGGCUGCUUCGCGCUUUCUCGAUCGGCUCAUCGCCAUUGUGCUGUCCUUCGAGGAUGAAAUGGGGCCAGCGGAUACCGGAGCUGGUCAUCACGGUCUGCAAAGUCGCUGGGCAGGCUCCAUGUCGCCGUAUCGUGCUCCACUGUUGCGUUACCUGGAGAAGCACGCCAAUCUGGCGAUUGGCUACUUUUUAGAACGCAUUCGCUUUGCGAACUACGCCUUGUUGUUUCAGUCAUUGCUGCGAGCGCACAAUGCGGAAAACCUGCGUCGCGAACUGGCGAACGACGUUUCGCGCUUUAUUGCGGCAACCUUUGAUCGUGGUCAUCUGUUGCAGGGUCUGCUCAUUGUGGAUGCACUCGAAUCGUUCCAAGCAGGCUGGAUCGCCACCCAGCGCCCAAUAUACAACAUCGCCUUGCAGAUCUGGCAGUCGGCAGAGCGACUGGAGCGCCUCCGCCGCGAGGAGACGCUCCCCGUUGACCAGCUGGCCGAGUCGUCACUGUUGGCACACGUGAUCCUAGCGUACUGUGCUGUACACCAUGGCGAAGUCGACGGUCUGUAUGCGUUGCUCUCGAUAUUCUCUUUACGCACAUUACGCGACUUUAGUUUCGUUCGACGCUUUCUUACCGAGACGGUAGCCCAAAGCUAUCCUAUUCUGUAUCGCAAGAAGAUUGUGGAGCGAUUUCUGGAGCGUUACCUGGAUCCUGAGCUUUCGGACGAAGUGAAAAUGUAUGCGCUGCUCUAUCUCGUGAUUCCAAUUUUGCGACAGGCGUUUCGUGCCGGUGAAGGGCUCGCGAUUCUCGAUGCCGUGACGCUCGAGGUGCUGGUGAAGCGUCUCUUCACGAGCACACCACCAGCAUCGGAAGCGCUAACAGACGCCAGUGCGGAUGGCGGCGGCGGCGGCGAUACGGCGCCAAUGCUCGCGUCUCCUGCGGAGAGCGACGUGCUUGGAGAAGCGCUGCUGCAACUUUCGACGCUGCUGAUUGAGGAGAUGCCCAUCGAGCUGGUGCAAUAUCGCCGCGAAAUCAUCCGCUUUGGAUGGAAUUAUCUGAAGCGAGAUGAUUCGAUCGCCAAGCCGUGGGCAUUCCUCAAUGUGGCACGCUUCUUUGAGGCCUACCAAGCCCCGGAAAAGAUUGUGCUGCAGGUUUUUGUGGCGCUUCUGCGAGCAAGUCAAAGCGAACAGCGCGCACUCGUACGCCAGGCGCUUCGUAUUGUGACGAGCAUCUUGCCAUCACGUCUUCCCGCGACGCUGGGUAAGGCGCGCCAUGCGCCCUGGAUUCGUUUCACCAAGAAGAUCUUAGUGGAAGAGAGUUAUUCAGCGCUGCACUUGGCGCAUAUUUGGUCGUUAGUCAUUGAUAAGCAGGAGCUUUUCUUUCCAGGCUACGCGUCGCUGAUGCCGCACAUGGUGAACUCGUUGCCGCGUCUGGUCUCGGGCAGCGUUUCAGCUCGAGAGCACCGACGCCUUGCGUUGGAACUUGCGGGUCUCGUGGUCGCGUGGCAGCAGCGCUUGCUGCAAGUCGGGAACAACGCCUCCAUUUCAUCUAACGCACCAUCAGAAAAUGGGGAAAGCGCAAACGCUAGUCCGCAGACGGGCUCAGCGCCGAUGGCAUCGCCAGAUGUCGCUCGCCGUCUGGAGGAUCUCUCCGCAGUUACCGAAGUGGUGCUGCAGUUUCUGAUUCGCCUGCCGUUCCUGGUUUCGGAGCCAGGAGAGCACACAGAGCUUUUCACGCGAGCGCGAUCGCUACUCGUCAAAGCGCAACGCGUUUGGAACCACCUGGGCAGUGAGCGCUCACCGAUUGCUCAAAUGUCCUGUCUCGACAAGCUGCUGGAUAAUCUGGCGGCUACGGCUGCUGCGUCGCCAACGACAGCCACGGGGCAAACAUCGGCUAGCGGUACAAAUACCGCCGCGAUGCCUGGCGCGCCGGCACCCGCGCAGAGCCACAGUACGACGAGCACUAUCUCGACAUCGACAACGAGCGCAGGCGCGGCGAGCGCUGCACAUCAUCGCACAGCGAAUGCCGGUACCGCGUCUGCGACUGUAGCACCGCCGAAUAACCCGCGAGAUGCGCCAGCGAGCCGAGCACGGGAAGCACUCGCGCGUUCCCGACGUCUCGUGCUGGAGCACAUCGUGGAGCUGUGCGAGUUGUUUCUCGAUUGGCAGGGCAUUCGCUGGAUUCUCGCGAACAGUAACUCACUGCGCAAACUCGUGCGUCCGGUGCUCGCAGCGGGCAUGCUACCGCUUGCCUACCGAUUCGCACUGCUGUUGUGCAAACUCUGGCUCCAGAUAGGGGACGCCCUGCGUACACCCGAGUCAACAGAGGAUCAGAGAGCAAAUCUGGAAACGGUGCGACGAGACUUGGAACAAGCGCUGUUCGAGGCACUCGAUAUCCAUUCGGACACGGCGACGUUGCAUCGCUCGUUGCUCCUGGCCCAGACGCUUGAUCCAGAACGUUUCACGACGAAGCAUGUGGAGCUGAUUGUGCGCAUUUUGCAAAUCCUCAUGCGAGAGUGCCUCGCAGGUAUCCAGACAAAUCGUCGCAUGGUGCUGAUACCGGCACCAGCGUCCGGGGACCGACCCCAAGCAUCUUCGAGCCGAGCGCAACUCGGCACUUCAGCCGGGCGUUCGUCGCAUCCGCCUGAAGCUUCUGUUACUGGUUCUGGUACCGGAGCUUCCUGGCCAGCCGCUACAGGUACGGUUACGAAGACUGGUACUUUUUCGACCAUGACGCGUCUCGCACAGGUUGCAGGUGAAUCAGCACCGUUAGGGUCUGUAGCGGACCCAACCGCCAGUGUCAAAGAGACCAAGUCCGCGCAUGUGGCAUCCGGCGAUGAGCACUUGCCAGCCAAGGGCGGGUUCGAGUAUCCAGGGGUCGCGAACCCGCUCCUUGUGUGUCUGGAGAUUCUUGAGCGGCUCUUCCAUGGUCUCGCGGAUUAUCGCCGGUCGUUUUUGCAGAUGCUCUGGGUGCUCUUGGACAAGUGCUGUUACAGCGAGGUACUGAUGCACGUGGUGCGCGUCCUGAGUCAGUGGAUUCUCAUGGAUGCCGAUGAUCCUGGCGCAUUCCUUCAGCCCAAAGAGAAAGUGCAUUUUCUUGUGAAAAUGACCGUGUUUGAACGUAUUACCGGUGCGGAGGCGCACCUGGAAGCUUUCCUGCCGCUCGUACUGCGCCUCUUGGCGGAACCGUGCCAUGCACUGCCUCGAGACUGGCUACCUCGACUCGAACGGCCGUUUAUGAUCGGAUUGCGCGCGAGUAAUCCGCAAUUGCGUCAAGCGUUCUUCCAGCUUUUGGAUGAAUCCAUCAUUCGUAACCCAGUGGAUCGACUCUACUACAUUUUUGAGUAUCAGAGCUGGGAAUCGCUUGCCGACUCGUUGUGGAUUCGACAGGCAACCGCCUUGCUUCUGGCACUGGUGCAAGUCCCCGGCUCACGGAUUGAACUGACCCCGGACUGCGUUCGCCUUGGCUGUGUAUCGUAUCGUAGCGGCACCGCUGCGGAUGACGCCAUGACCUGGGAGGUCUCGCGGCCGGGCGCUGACGCUCCUACUGACGCUGCUGAUGCCCCCCGUGAGACAUUGACAAAGGGCGCUCAACGAUCACCUACGGACGAUGCGUAUGUAGAAGCGUUUGCCGGUGCCUGGACGGCGCUCGACGGGCACGUCGAUACAAAUGCAUUCUUCGAGGCGCUCCAUGAACUCUUGCAUCACGAUGUGAGUACGCUACAAAGUCUCUGGACCCAGCUGUUCGGAGCGGUGUGGUCGCUCCUGAGCGAUCGCGAAGAACGCCUGGCCAUGCAAGACGCACUGAUCGCACUGCUCUGUCGCGAUUAUCUGCUGACACAGUGCAGGUGGCGAGUCAAUGUCGUGCAGAUCAUUCUGGAUGCGGCGACCAAGUGCGCACCGCAAGUUGUGAUUCCGCCUCAGCUCGCAUUGCAUCUUGCGACGCACUGGAACGCCUGGCAUAUUGCACUGACCUAUUUGGAGCGACGUUCGCGCUCGUCGACUUUGGGUGUGGCGCGGCAUUCGGAUUUCGUGUUCGAUUCGCUGCCUGAUGGUCAUGAAUUUGCUGGGAUUCUGGACGCGAAGGCAGAGCUCUAUCGGCAGCUGAACGAGUACGAUCUGUACAUUGGCCUAUGGAAGCGGCGCGCGAUGGACUCGCGAACGCUCUUGGCGCUGUCUCUGGAGCAACAAGGCCACUUGCCGGCAGCUCAGAACCUCUACUAUGAUGCGAUGACGAAUACAGAGAGCCGAGUUGCUGUCACCGAGGCCGAAGCCGCACUCUGGGAAGAUCGAUGGCUGCACUGCGCCGAAGAAUUGAACCAGUGGGAUGCACUCACCGAGUUUUCGCGCACAGUGAUGCACCCAACGCUUCUACACGAAGCACUGUGGCGGUUGCCGGACUGGGCGGCGCUCAAAGAGCUGCUCAUGAAGAUGCCGCCCGAGGAUAGUCCACGCCUCAAGAUUCUCCAGUCGUUUGUGCAGUUACAGGAGAAUCGACUGGAUCAGGUGGAGCCUUUCAUCUCUUCGGGAAUUCGACGCGCCCUCGAGGAGUGGCAAGGCCUCCCCGAGAACUCCAGUAUUACGGCUUUUGAGCCAUCGCUGGUGCUUUUCCAGCAAUUUGUCGAGCUGAGUGAGAGUGCCUCGAUUCUACAGGAGCUUAAUAACGCGCUCCAGAACCCGACGCUGCUGGAGACGCACGCGGAGAACAUUCGACUGGUGCUGGCGAUGUGGCGCGAUCGUCAGGCCAAUCACUGGGAUCGGCUCAGCGAUUGGAAUCGCUUGAUCUGCUGGCGUAAUCACGUGCUGACUGCGGUAGUGCAUACGCUGCAGGGGUUGCGUAAUCGCUCGCGGGUGGAUAUCCCACAGCCGCUACUCUGCAUGGGAAUCAACGAGACUGCCUGGAAUGUGAACUGCUACGCGCGAGCGGCGCGGAAACAGCGUUUGUCUGAAGUGUGUAUGCAGGCCCUGCAACGCAUGUAUCCUUACUCGACAAUGGAUGUGCAGGAUUUUUUCAUGAAGACCAAGGAACAGGCCAAGGCACAUUUGCUGUUGCCUUCGAAUGAUGACGUCGCCCUGCGCGCCGGCCUCGUUCAACUACAACAUACGAAUCGGGAGUAUUUCAAUACACGCCAAAAGGCAUACCUCAGUGCCUUGGAGGGCGAGUUCUACCACCGAUUGGGCGAGUUUGGGGCAGCGAAUCAGGCGUUUGCGUCCAGCGUCCGUGAAUACGGCGAGCACGGCGGCGUCUGGCUCCGUUGGGCCCGCUACUGCGAUCAACGUGGUCGUUUGGCGAGCGCCGUUCACUGCUACCUGCAAGGCAUUCGCUUUGGAUCUAGACAAGCGCGCGAGCAUCUCGUGUCUGUGUUCCGCAUCGUUUUUGCACUGGACGGGGCGUCGUCGAAUGCCGUCGCUGACUCGAGUAGCCUCGAGGCGAUGCAGACAGAGCAGGCAGCAGCGACGACGACGACGACGACGACGACGACCGGCACGGCAGACGCUGCUGCUCCCGCCUCGCCGCUUACAACGACAUCGGCGCCUGUUGCCGUGUCGUCGAGCAGCGCGGCGGUGUCUGCGGGCGCUUCCGCUGAGGUGCACGCCUCACAGACGCCUUCGGAGGGUCUCGGCGAGUCGCGCACCGACGCCUGUGAUGUGUGUGAAUCCUUCGUCGGGGUACUCCCGGUCUGGAUCUGGGUACCCUGGAGCCACGAGCUCAUUUCGUUAUUGUCCUUGGGACGCGAGCUCAAAUUGUUGCGGCAUAUUUUGCUCCGCGUUGCCGGCUACUAUCCAGAGGCACUCUUUUUCCAACUGCGGACGUUCAUCGAGGAGCGACGGCUGCUCGAUCGCCCUACCCGGAUGCUCUGUCCGCGGGUGGAUCAGAUCCAACUUCCAGUGAUGCAUCCGCUGCGUUCCCAAGUCGCCAGCGGGAUACCUCCCUCGAGCAGCAGCAGUAGCAGCACAUCGAGCGCGAAGAGGAACGACCCCACAACAAUAACCGCAGCAGCUGCAGCUGCUGCUACUACUGCCGGUGCGGAUCGGUCCCGCAAACCGGAGUCGACGACGACGACGACGACGACGACGCUCUCUGCUGCCGGAAAUGAACCAUCGAGCGUUGCUGCUUCAGCCGGGAACACUGCCGGGAACAGCGCCCAAAAAGAUGCGGAAAACGCAAGUGCCAGCGGUGCGAACGCGGCUUCAACGGGAGCGACGCCCGCACCAAACCAGCCACGCGGCUCAGGCACGAGUGCGCUCCCGAGUGUCGAGCAGAAUAUUCUCAGCAUGUUGCAGUUGCCACUCGGAGAUACACCAUUCGAAAUCGCCGACACUGUGCUGGCGUUCAUGGUGAAGCAACACCCCCAGCUUCUCGUUGAGUUGGAGACCAUUGCUCGUGAACUUAGUUUGCGCAUGAAACCAAGCGCUGAAGAACAGGUGCUGCACGUGCUGAAUGCACUGCUGCAUCGAUGCUGGAGCCUGCCACCGCUGAUGCAUCGUGAGGUGAGCUCGGGCAUGCGCAGCGCCCUCGAGGAGGUCAGCAAGAUGUGUUUCGGGACCGGGUUGGCCGCGGACGAGUUCCACGUACCACCGACGUUGGCAGAUCUCCGUGAGGCCUUUGAGGCAGAACUUGCACCGCAGACCGCCAAAAACUUUCCAAAAACGAUAGAGCCGUUUGUUGCUCUGCUGAGAAAGUGGCGGGGAAUCUUCAGCCGGCGCGUUCAAGCCAUGCCUGAAACGCUGCGCCUAGAGCGAGUCUCCCGCAAAUUGGUCGACGUUCGUGAUUCCCAGCUGCACGUGUUCGGUCAACUCAUUCAACUGGCCCAGGAGGAUGGCGAGCCUCUGCCCGAUCUCCUGGUCCAUAUCCAGAGUUUUAGCGUCGACGUGCAAGUUGUCCACCAUUGUGGGAGUUCCGCACGCGGCAUCGCGGUAACCGGAUCCGACGGCCGUCAGUACCGGUUCCUCGUGGAGACAGCACUUGGGGCGUCGCUCCAACGCAGUGAAGAUCGCGUUGGACACGUUUGUCGCUUCAUGAACGCACUCUUCCAACGGGACAGCGAAGCUCGCCGUCGUCGGUUGGUAGCUCUGGUGCCGUUCUCGCUGCCGCUGAGUCCGCAGGCACGACUCGUUGCGUAUCAGGAAAACACCCUGCGCAUCCAGCACGCGUUGCAGGCAUUCUGUGAGUGUCACGGAUUUGACAUGGAUGAUACGCUGGUGGCUUUCCGCGAUACCUGUGCACUGCGAUUGGAAAGUUUGGGAAAUGUUGCUUCGCGUGAGCUGGCGCUCGAGUACCGCCUCGAUGCGUUCAAGCGUGCGUGCCUGUCGCUACCGGACUCGGUGCUGGCGCACUGGGCUGCAGCCUCGCUGCCGGAUGCGAAUUCGCUUUUCAUGGUGCGUAAGCGAUUUGCGCUGAGUCUGGGAACCUCGUCGUUGCUCCUGUAUCUCUUGGGGGUGGGUUCACGGACACCAAUGCAUAUUGGGAUUCAUGGAAGCACUGGUGAUGUGGUGCAUCUGGAGACGCACCCCAUUGUGGUGAGUCGCGGUCAGCAGGUUUACAUUGGAUUUGAUGAAGCGGUUCCGUUCCGAUUGACGAGGAAUAUUCGGAGUCUCAUUCGCCUGACGGGAGUUGAGGGCCCCUUUGCUGGCUCGAUUGCGGCGACGUUGAAUGUUGUGUAUCGUAACUGGGCGCUUCUGCGGGACCUCAUGGGCAUCGUUUACACAAUGGAGCUCUUUGAGAGAACCAGUCGAGAGACGCUCCGUGUUGAGGAUCUGGCGCAGGCGGUGGAAGAGAGCCUUGUGCGGAGCUGGGCCCGAGUCGAGCCGCUGCCGUUCUCGGCAGCACCGCUGGUUCAGUCACCAACAGCACCAGCGUACGCUGCGGCAACGGCAACGGCAACGGCAAACGGGAAACGCGUACCACACCCAGAGUCCAGCCACGGUGGUGAUCAUGAUCAUGAUCAUGAUCAUGAUCACGAGGUGACGCAGACCCUACCACCGCCUGUGAAUACAAAAGCGAAUGGCCUCGAAUUCGCGGAGCGUUGCGGGCCGGCGACCUCGGUUCGCGACGAGCCCGAGGGUGUCGCUCGCCGCGUCGCUGAACUCAUUGCGAACGCUGGUGACCCUGCGCACUUGUCGCAGAUGGAGCCGCUGUGGUAUCCAUGGUUCUAA